GACCUCGCGCCGUGAGGCAUGUUGCAACCGUGCCAUUCAUCUUCUACACAUAUGACCACUCCACGCCACCGAGCCAGUAUUUCAAUAAUAGUGUGAAGAACUUUGCUCUCUCUCUCUCUCUCUCUCUAUGCUUCGUUGCUCAUUUGCUGCAAAAACCUAGCUACAGCCUCAUCACAGCUCAAUAUUUCCUUAUUUAUUCUCAAUCGCCAUGGCAGGUCAAUCACCUAAAACUCAAAAUGAUAUGUAUGAAGAUUCAAAGAGCUCCUAUUUUCACAGACCAGCACUGGAUGUUUCCAUUGCAUUCCCUCAGGCAACUCCGGCUUCCGUAUUUCCUCCUUGCUCUUCAGACUAUUAUCAGUUAGAUGACUUGUUGACUCCAGAGGAGCAAGUGAUCAAAAUGAAAGUACGAGAGUGUGUGGAAAAAGAAGUUGCCCCAAUAAUGACAAAGUAUUGGGAGAAGGCAGAAUUUCCAUUUCAAGUUAUUCCCAAGCUUGGUGCCUUGGGCAUAGCUGGAGGCACUAUCAAGGGCUAUGGAUGCCCAGGUCUCUCAAUUACUGCAAGUGCUCUUACUAUCUCAGAACUUGCCAGAGUUGAUGCCAGCUGCUCUACGUUCAUUUUGGUUCAUUCUUCUUUGGCAAUGCUCACUAUUGCACUGUGUGGGUCAGAAACACAGAAGCAGAAAUAUUUACCAUCACUGGCCAAACUUAACACCAUAGCUUGUUGGGCUUUGACUGAGCCUGAUUUUGGAAGUGAUGCAAGUGCUUUGAAAACAUCAGCAACCAAGGUCACUGGAGGUUGGAUCCUUGAAGGCCAGAAGCGCUGGAUAGGAAACAGCACUUUUGCAGAUGUACUGGUUGUUUUUGCUAGGAGCACAGCCACAAACCAGAUAAAUGGUUUCAUACUAAAGAAGGAUGCCCCAGGAUUGCAAGCUACUAAAAUAGAGAACAAAAUCGGCCUGCGGACUGUUCAGAAUGGAGAUAUUCUCUUGAACAAAGUUUUUGUCCCUGAUGAGGACAGACUACCUGGUGUCAAUUCGUUUCAGGAUACAAACAAGGUCCUUGCUGUUUCACGUGUCAUGGUUGCCUGGCAACCGAUUGGCAUCUCAAUGGGUGUCUACGAUAUGUGUGACAGGUACUUGAAAGAGAGGAAGCAGUUCGGAGCUCCAUUGGCAGCUUUCCAGAUCACUCAGCAGAAACUGGUGCAGAUGUUGGGUAAUGUUCAGGCGAUGAUUCUUGUUGGUUGGCGCCUUUGCAAGUUGUAUGAGAAAGGUAAAAUGACUCCUGGCCAUGCUAGUUUGGGGAAGUCAUGGAUUACCUUGAAGGCAAGGGAGACUGUUUCUCUUGGACGGGAGUUACUUGGUGGCAAUGGGAUCUUGGCUGACUUUUUAGUUGCAAAGGCAUUCUGCGAUUUGGAGCCCAUCUACACAUUUGAAGGCACGUAUGACAUCAACACAUUGGUCACAGGAAGGGAAAUCACCGGAUUUGCCAGUUUCAAGCCACCUGCAUCUGCAUUGAUACCACGAAGCCGCAUAUAAUUGAACGGAGCUCAUCAGUCGUCAAAUCUUACUGGGUCAAUCAUGUGAUUACUAUUGUUAAGACUUUCGAUUUAUUAAGGUAAACUGUUGUUGUAGUGGUCCAAAUUGAAUAAACUUACAUUAUCACUCGGAUCAUAAUAUGUGUAUAUACACAUAUUCUUGUAUGAGAAAAUGUGACUGUUUGUUGCU